GGUUUCGAAUUUUCCAGUUCUGGUUAAAGUAAUAGGUAGACAAUGGUUAAGGAACUAAUAAGUGAUUCAAUUUUGGUCAAUAAUCGUCAACCGAAAGUGACCUUGUAGCUCGUUGGUGCAUUGGUGCAGUUUAUUAGGAUUUAGGAAGAUGUCUCUUUAUACAUUUUUCUAAAGCGAGCACAACGUUAUAAUACAGGGUGUAAAAACGAUUUACAUAUAUAGGGACUUCAAUGGUAGGUACACAUUUUCUCACGGACACCAAUAUGCAAGCCCAUAUACUGGAAUGUUAGUCCCCAAAUAAAAAAAAUCAUGCUGUUUCUACAGCGCCAUCUUGAUCAAGUGGAUUAGAUAAAUGCAGAUUGCUGGAUAGGCUUGCAAAAUGAGUCAAGCAACACAAAUAUCUUCUGCUAUGUUAGAACGAGCGUUGAGAGAUGUGGAUGAUUAUGAGCUGAUAUAUCAACAGUCAUUAACUAAAUUGAAGCAGUUAACUAAAGAAGCAGAAGUACUAAAGUGUGAAACACAAGUGCUAAAAAAAUCAGUUGACGAAUACAAAGAAUCAGUAGCAUAUUAUCAACAGAAGCACAUUGAAACUUGCAAAAAAAUUGAGGACACACAAAUAAAGCAAAACACAGCCAAACUGGCAGAUUUACACAACAUUCAGCAAAUGGCACAAAUGGAAUCUCUGCUAAAUUCAAAUAAAAUUAAACUGGACGCUUUAGAUAUGAAAGUACCACAACUUUCCAAGCUAACAAUCCAAAAGGACAAUUUAAUUCAGGAAAAAAUCAGGCUCGAAGAGAUCGUGCAAGCAAACGAUAUAAAAUUACAAAAGAUAACAGCAGAAUUAAUGUAAAACAUUUUCUAUUCA